UUACAGGCUGUAAGAAUUGAACACUGUGAGCGAGUUCAUGUGAUUACAGCAGCAAAACGAAUCUGCAUUGCUAACUGCCGUGAAUGCAUGUUUUUUCUUGGGGUAAACCAGAGACCACUUAUUGUUGGUGAUAACCAUAAGUUACAGGUGGCACCCUACAAUACAUUUUACGGUCAGUUGGAGGAGCACAUGAAUGAAGUUGGGAUUGAUGCUACUAUCAACAGAUGGAAUGAACCCCUGGCACUUGGAGUGGUUGAUCCACAUGAUUCGUUAUCUCAUCCAGCAGGUGUCUCUGAUGCUCAAGCUGAGUCUGGUUCACACUUAGACCCUGAGCAGUUCACAAAUUUUUUGAUUCCAAACUGGUAUGGAGGUGAAUCAGAGGGCUCCACAAAAGACAACCCAUUUCCAUUACCAGAUAUUUAUGUGGCAUCCCAGCAUAGAAAUCAGAACAAUUUAGGGGAGGUAAAGCAAUUAUUGAGGGAAGCACCUCUUGAAGAAAACAAAAAACGGGAAUUAUCCACUGCUCUUCACGUAUAUUUUAAAGACUGGUUGUAUGCUUCUGGAAACAUCCGUCAGCUUUAUUGCCUACAAGGAGAAUGAUUUUUGCGUCAUAAUGCUGUGGAACAACCAAGAGUGGUAUAGAAAGAAGCUUUCUGGUUUUAUCUUUCAAUCCUACCA